GGAGCGCGCAGGAUUCUGGGUAAUGUGGUGCACGCAGUACAACACGCUGCUGGAGGAGGACACACAUAGAAGCUGGAGACCGGGUGGUGGAAAAAAAAUAGCUUCCGCAGUUCACGACAGCUGGCCAAAUUAAAAGGGUUUUGUAAGUGUUUGGCAUGUUGAAGGCUUGUUCCUGUCGUGUUCCAGAAGAGUAACAAGAAGGUAACUGCGUCAGUCAGCUCUGCUCAGCACCUUUGAUAAGAUAACGGGAACAACAUGAGCCUCGACGAGCACUCACUGCAGGCUCUGUCCUGGAGGAAGCUGUACCUGAGUAGAGCCAAACUGAAGGCUUCCAGUCGAACAUCAGCUCUGCUUUCUGGAUUUGCUAUGGUUGCCAUGGUGGAAGUGCAGCUGGACAACAGCUAUCCAUACCCCCCUGCUCUCCUCAUUGCCUUCAGUGCCUGCACCACUGUGCUUGUGGCCGUCCACCUGUUCGCUUUGAUGGUCAGCACCUGCAUUCUGCCCAAUAUAGAAGCAGUCAGCAAUGUCCACAACCUCAACUCUGUCAAGGAGUCUCCACAUGAGCGAAUGCACCGACACAUUGAACUGGCAUGGGCUUUUUCCACAGUUAUCGGUACUUUACUCUUCCUAGCCGAGGUGGUUCUACUCUGCUGGGUCAAAUUCUUGCCUGUGAAGCCCAACAAAUCCAGUAAUAAUACAGUUUCAGCUGGCGUGGCUGCUGCUAUUACAUCCACCUCUAUUAUGGUCCCUUUUGGUUUAAUCUUCAUCGUCUUCGCCGUGCAUUUCUACCGCUCCUUGGUCAGCCACAAGACCGACAGACAGUUUCAGGAGCUGGAGGAGCUCUCUAAUCUCACCAGGCUACAGAACGAGCUGGACAACAGAGGGGACUGUUCCAUGUUGCAGUCUCCAAGCUCACAUUUCCCAUAGUGAAGUAUGCUGGAUGCACAACUCUGACUGCUUGGGAUAUCCCUCCCCCCCCCCAAGCCAGAAGCCACAUUAUUGGCUUCCAAUUUGUUUUUUGUACAUGAAUGAAGAUGUCACCUCUUUUGUUGUGAAAUUAACUUUUGUGGAAAGAGUUGUAUUUUUUAGAAAACAUGUUUGAUCAACUGUGAACUCACAAAUCUGCCGUAAAUGCAUGACUUGAAUUUGGAAAGUCUUAAUGGAAGUCUUAACUAUGAUAGUUGCUUGAUCAAUCUCUAAGAACAAUAACUUGGAAUCCUGUCUGUUUGCCUGCUGCAUUUAUUGACCCAUUUUGUUAAUGUAUAUUAUACCUGUUGUGUAAACCACACGUAUUUAACUCUUUCCUCCUCAUUCACUGUACAUGAUUUCUUGUAAUGUCCGCCCAAUUGUUUUUGUAACGGUUGCUGUACAUGUAGACUGACUCAACAGCUGCUAAAACUACAGUAUUAUUAGUGUAUAUUUGCUGACAUUUGUAGCACAGGCUGAGGUGUUAAAAUAAACACUUUUUUACCAAGUGGCAUUCUGAAUUUCAAAAA